ACAUCGCCUCAAGUGUUGGACUACGUCUGAGAUGGAUUGUAUACAAAACCCCGUACAGUUGGCCUUUUAGUUGAGUCCAGACUGUUGUGCCUACUUCAUAUCACUCUCAUAAACAUUGAUCUUUUCAUACAAUCUCUGCUCCAUUCAAUAUCUCACAGACGUUGCUCGGCAAUAUCAGUAUGGGUGCUUUCACUCUCCCCUCGACCGACAAUCGUACUGUCACCGUACUUGGUGGAGGCGUCCUUGGCCGCCGCAUAGCAUGCGGAUGGGCUGCAAGCGGAUUUGAUGUUGUCAUUCGUGACCCUAGCCCUGAACAAAGGGCUGCCGCCGUGGAAUACUGUAACUCGAGCAUGUCACUGUACUCAGACUCUGAAACAAGAGGAAUUAUCACAGCGGUUGAAGACCUUUCGGAAGCUGUUGCUAAGGCAUGGCUCGUCAUCGAAGCUGUCCCUGAGAAGCUUCCCCUCAAGAUCUCAACUUUUGCAGACUUGGAGAAGCUCACAUCACACGACACCAUCCUCUGCAGUAACUCGUCAUCUUACAAGUCAAGAGAGAUGAUAGAGAGUCUGAAGCCGGAGACAAAACGACGCGUUCUGAACAUGCACUAUUACAUGCCACCAGACUACCGCGUCGUCGAGCUCAUGACCGACGGAGAAACCGACGAGACCAUCUUCCCAUUCCUCUAUCAUAAGCUUGAGGAGAUCAAGUUUCAUCCCUACAUCGCACAGAAAGAGUCAACGGGCUUCAUCUACAACCGUCUCUGGGCUGCCAUCAAGCGAGAGGUUCUGAACAUCCUUGCAGAAGAGGUCUCUACUCCAGAGGAGAUCGAGAAACUCUGGAGGGAGAUGUGGUAUGCUAAGGAGAAGGGACCUGUUGCGAUGAUGGACGCUGUUGGUCUUGAUACUGUGUCUUUUAUUGAGCAGCAUUACAUUGCUGAGCGUGGCUUGCCUGUUACGCCUGUCAAGUUUCUUCAGAAGUACAUUGAUGAAGGCAGAUUGGGAGCCAAGUCUGACAAGGGAGGGUUGCUCCCCCCAAGCAAGCUUGUCAAGUCCGAUCAUGAAACCUCGCUCUACUUCUUAGACAUUGGAUUGUCAAGUGGGAACGCAAAGGAUUGUGCCUCAGCUGGUCGCGUGUUGCUGGGUUCAAGUGAUGCGAAGCCCAUGAAGACAGUCGUCUCAGGCCAGCGCAUGCCUGAUGGUAUCGACAUCUCAAAGUCCGCCGGAAAGCUGUUCUGGACUUGUAUGGGCAAUCCUUCGUCCAACGACGGUGCUGUUCUCAGUUGCAAUCUCGAUGGUACGGAUCUUAAGGAGAUUGUCCCCCAAGGUCUGGUUCACACACCAAAGCAGCUGACUGUCGAUAACAAGAACUCAAAGCUGUACUUUGCUGAUCGUGAGGGAAUGCGGAUCAUGAGAUGCAACUUUAAUGGCUCUGACCUCGAAACCCUGAUCUGGACUGGUGACUGGCAGGUCGAUGAGCAUAUGCUAGACCCUACAAGAUGGUGUGUCGGCAUCACCGUGUCGCCUUCCACUGGCAAGUUUUACUGGACACAGAAAGGCCCAUCCAAGGGAGGGAAGGGUCGUAUCCUUCAAGCCAACAUCGACAUUCAGCCAGGCGAAGAUGCAAAGACCAGGACAGAUAUCGAGGUACUGUUCCAAGGCUUACCAGAACCUAUUGAUUUGGAGGUCGACGAGGAUGAGAACGUCCUCUACUGGACGGAUCGAGGCGAGCUGCCGGAUGGUAACACCAUCAACCGCGCCAAGCUAGAGGCAAUUAGCAAGGUGACUCACGAUGGUGCAAGCAAGCCAGUCAUUGAUUACGAGGUUCUUGCUCGGGGAUUACACGAGGCCAUUGGCAUCAAGCUUGACUCCAAGAAUUGUCGUAUCUUUGCCACGGAUUUGGGAGGCUCGGUGUACCAGUUUGAUAUGGAAGGAGGUAACAGGAAGAAGGUAUAUGAAGGGUCUGGAGCGUUUGUUGGCAUUACUGUGGCGUAGAUACCCGUAUGAGCCCUAGAAUUUGACAUCCCGGGAAUUCGUCGUAGUAAGGUUACAGUAUCUCACUACUGUGGCAUAUGGAAUAUCCUUCUCCAGGAAAUAGAUUUUAACAUCUCGCU